GCUAGGCACUUCCGGGACACCGCGUGCGGGUAGAAUUCUUGCGCACUUUCGGGAUGGCGGCGUUCGUCCUUCCCCCCGCGCCGAUUCUGCCGCUGAACCCGAAGGAAGAUUCCCAGUUUCAGAAGGACGUGGUGCAGGUUCGCCGGCGCGUUACCAAGCGGAAAAAGGAAGACGAUCUUACUCCCGGAGUGAUCUUUGUGGGCCACCUACCUAAAGCAAUUUAUGAAAAUCAGAUCCAGGCUUAUUUCUCCCAGUUUGGCACUAUUACGAGGUUCAGAUUGUCCAGAAGUAAAAGGACUGGAAAUAGCAGAGGCUACGCGUUUGUGGAAUUUGAAUCUGAGGAGGUAGCCAAGAUAGUUGCCGACACCAUGGACAAUUACCUUUUCGGUGGUAGAAUGCUAGUGUGUCGUUUUAUGCCACCAGAAAAAGUACAUGAAGAACUUUUUAAAGAAUGGAAUGUUCCAUUUCGUUAUCCCACAUACCCAGCAGUGAAGCGCUAUAAUCAGGACAGGAAUUUUGAACAAAAGAUGCGGAUGGAAGCGCGUUUUAAGAAGAAAGAAACCUUACUCAGGAAGAAAUUAGCAGCAAAAGGAAUUGAUUACAGUUUUCCUUCAUUGAUUAUAUCUAAGAGAAAACAUCCAGCGAUGCCCAAGGAGAAGAAAAACAAAAUUUCUUCAGAAAGCACCCCUGAGAAGUCUGUGGAUAGCCAGGGCCCCACCCCAGUUUGUACACCAACAUUUUUGGAGAAACGAAAAUCAGAAGUGGCUGAACUGAGUGAUAAAGAUGAUGAAAUAGUUUUUAAACAGCCUGCAUCCAGUGUGAAAGAAGAAAUAAAAGAGACUCCAACCCCUGCUGAGUCAGGGAAAAAAAGACGAAGACGAAGAAAAAGCAACUCAUGAUUCUGAAUACUUUAUUGAAUGCUAACUGUUCAUGCCAGUUUUUUAAAAAAAAAUCAGUAAUUUGACUAGCCCGCAUUAUAGAGCUAGAGGGUUACAUCCUAUCCUGCAGGAAUGGGGCUCUGCCUGUCUAGACCUUAUGUUUCUGACCACAUGGUUCCCUUAGUUGGUUCUGUAUAGAGGGAUCGCUGAUAACUGAGAUGUCAAUAUAAUAAGCCCCAGCCCUCAUCACCACUGGGGUGGGGAGGGGUGCCCAGCCAUCGUCAUGGACUGCUCAUCUCACCCACAGAUACUUCAAACUUCCACACCACAUUCCUAAACAAACUGCAUCACAUGGAGGAUAAGAAGACAGCUCAUGGGUUAGUACAAAUGCAGGAAUGAAAUAUUUUCACCAAGAAUGUUACAUUGGUUUCUGGUAGGCUGGCAUGAAUCUAUAAUUACCAUUCUGAGUCAUCUAUAGAAUCUGAGAUUCAGUAAACAUCAAGUUGUUGGGGUUUUUUUUGUUUUUUGUUUUUUUUGGCCAGU